AUGAAAGGGCAGGCAAGGUUUGGCAGAAAAGGAAAAUUGACUCCUCGCUAUAUCAGGCCAUUUCUAAUCCUUGAGAGAUUGGGUCCUCUUGCCUACCAUAUUGCUUUGCCGCUAGGAAUGGAACUAGUGCAUAAUGUAUUCCAUGUAUCCAUGCUUUAUGGGUAUCUUAGAGAUCCAUUCCAUGUGAUUGAUCAUCAUCGGAUUGCUUUAGAUGAGAAUAUGAUUUAUGGAGAAUGGCCUGUGCAAAUCAAUGAUCGGCAAAUGAAGCAAUUAAGGAACAAAACUAUUCCUAUGGUGAAAGUCGAAUGGAAAGAACAUUAUGGAAAAGAGGCCACUUGGGAAAAAGAGGAUGAGAUGUGGCAACGAUAUCUGCAUUUGUUUUCGUUUGAAGCAUGA